CUGUGGAUGCCAGUCCUCUCUCCUGCUAUAGCACUGCCUGGUCUGCACAAGGGCACCGUUCCAGCUACAAGAAUAUCCUACAGCACCGCUAACAAACAUGUCUGUGAAGUCUUCAUCCUACAAGAGGCUGUUUGGGGGUAACCCCAGAUCCAGCUCCUCCGGCAGCCGCUAUGUCACCUCCAGCAACAGGUACUCCUUGGGCAGCGCCCUGCGCUCCGGUGGUGGUGGCGGCGGCGGCGGUCUGUCCAGCAGCAGGGUGUCCUUCACCUCCUCCUCCCCAGCGAUCUACAAGUCCUCCUCGGCCAGGCUGAGGAGCAGCCUUCCCCCAGCCAGGAUGCAUGACUCCGUAGACUUCACCCUGGCAGAUGCCAUCAACCUCGAGUUCAAAGCCAACAGGACCAACGAGAAGGCUGAGAUGCAGGAGCUCAACGACAGGUUCGCCAACUUCAUUGACAAGGUCCGCUUCUUGGAGCAGCAGAACAAGAUCUUGUUGGCUGAGCUGGACCAGCUGAAGGGCAAGGGCACCUCCAGGGUCGGGGAUCUGUAUGAAGAAGAGAUGAGGGACCUUCGCAGGCAAGUGGACCUCCUCACCAACGAGAAAGCCAGAGUUGAAGUGGACAGGGACAACAUGAAUGAUGACCUCCAGCGACUCAGAGAAAGGCUUCAAGAUGAAAUGAUUCAGAAGGAAGAGGCUGAAGGCAACUUGCAGUCAUUCAGACAGGUUUGUGGUUUAGGAAAUGCAAUCUACUCUCAGGAAAUGCUGAAACGCCCCUUCAUUUCCCGUCCGUGGGCUCAGGUUGUCAUCUUCCACCCAGAGACGAUUUGUCCAGUUUAUGGCUUUGUUAGGAUGGAGCACAAUAGGCAGCCACUUGUGCGAUACUUCAAUGGUUUACAAGGACUUCGUCCCGACCCCAUGGCCGCUCCACCACACAAAGGAGCUUCUCAGCACAGAGACGCAUAA